UCAACCGUUGCGAGCCUGUCGUGAAUCAACCCAGUCUUGGUUGUAGCAAGUGGGUCACGGAAUCGCAUGUACGAAUUUAAAUAGGGAUGAAUAAGUUGUUUGGCUUAAAACGAAAGAGAUUGAGUUAGCCGGUAGUGUUUUUUUCUUUUUAGCUAAAACUGUAAAGCUAACAGCCUAGCUUGAACCAUGCCGAAUUUUUGCGCGGCCCCGAACUGUACACGGAAGAGCACACAAUCAGAUUUGGCAUUUUUUCGAUUUCCACGGGAUCCAGAGAGAUGUCGGAUCUGGGUAGAGAACUGCCGCAGGGCAGACCUAGAGGCCAAAACAGCAGACCAGUUGAACAAGCACUACAGAUUAUGUGCUAAACACUUUGACCCCGCUAUGGUGUGCAAAACUAGUCCCUAUAGGACUGUGUUAAAAGAUACAGCAAUUCCAACUAUAUUUGAUCUGACCAGCCACCUCAGAAACCCUCACACCAGACAUCGUAAACGGAUUAAAGAACUUACUGAAGAAGAUAUAAGGAGGAUUAAAGAAAGAAGAUUGGCAUCAUCUAUUGAACAGCUUGCUUCUAAAAAAGACAUAGCUGCUGAGGAUGGUGCAGGGACAAACGAGGAUGAACCUCAGCUGUCCACAGAGGAAAAGGAGUUCCGUGAAUACCUGAGGUCCUUGUUUGAGGUUGUAGUCAUGCUGGGAAAGCAGAGUAUCCCUUUAGCGGUGGACAAAGCUUCUGCAGCUGGACGUGUGUCCAACAACUUCCAGGCCCUCUUGGAUUACCGCAUGAAUGCUGGAGAUGAAGCUUUGAGAAAGCGGUUUGAGGGGACGGCUGUGAACACAGAAUACCUUUCGGCAACACAGCAAAGCCAGCUCCUGGACGUCUGUGAGAAUACAGUGAGGGAGGAGAUGCUGAUGGAGGUGCGAGAGAGUCGCUUCUUCUCCCUGGUGACGGGUGAUCUUGUUGAAUUUUCUCAUGAGAGGUACCUUCCUUUAUUUUUGCGCUUUGUGAAUCAGCAGAACGUACUUCGAGAGGAGUUUUUGGAUUUCCUAGCCUUCGAUGGCGAUGAAGCUUUUCUGGUCGAGAAACUGGAGAGCCAGCUGACUGACCGUUGGGGGCUUAGCAUGGAGGACUGCCGUGGUCAGGCCCAUAAGGCAACUGGUACAUCCACUAUCAAAAUGAAAGCUGUUGCAGUGCUACUGAUGGAGAAGUAUCCUCUGGCAGUGCACAUGCCCUGCUCUCAUAUGGCUCUGAACAUCCAUCUUGCAAACAACCUGCCUUUUCCCAAUGUCCAGAUCAUCAUGGAGACUCUAAGGAGGAUUGGUACUUUCUUUAGCGUCCCUUUUACCCAGGAUGAGCUACAAAAAGCCAUCUCUACUCACUACCAGAAAAACGAAGAGAAGGCAGUGGCACUUAAACAAGCGUGUGUCUCAGGAUGGACCGAGCAGCACAGCGUCUUUGACGUCCUCUUGGAUACGUUGCCACCCCUGCUUCUGUGCGUGGACACCAUUCGGAAAAACGAUGAAGGAAAGUUUAGUAGUACCACCACUGCAGAUGCCUAUUUAAUCUCAGAAACUCUUGCUGACUUUGAGAUCAUUGUCACAAUUGUUAUUCUCAAAAAUGUCCUCACAUUCACCAGAGCCUUUGGGAGAAAUCUCCAAGGUGAGACACUUGAUGUAUUCUUUGCUGCUAACAGUCUGACUGCAGUGCUGCAUUCUCUGAACGAGGUCAAUGAUAACAUUGAUGUGUACCAUGAGUUCUGGUUUGAGGAGGCUGUGAGCAUUGCGAAUGUGAUGGAGAUUCCUGUGACCGUGCCAAGGCUGUUUCUUCGAAAGCAGCGUGCAGCUGAUGUGGGUGAAAUCCAAGCAGAGGCGUAUUUCAAAGAGUAUGUGACAGUCCCCGUCAUCCACGGCAUCAUGCAGGAGGUGGAGGACAUGUUCUCUGACACCAACCUCAAAGCUCUCAAGUGCCUCUCCCUGGUCCCUGCAGUCAUGGGCCAAAUGAAGUUCAACACCACCGAAGAGAACUACGCAGAUGUCUACCGCAAUGACCUUCCCAACCCUGACACGCUGCCCGCAGAGCUUCACUGCUGGAGAAUCAAGUGGAAGCACAGGGGCAAAGAGGUGCGCCUGCCCACCACUAUCCAUGAGACACUUCAGCUGCCAGACGUCAAGUUUUUCCCCAACGUGAACUCCUUCCUCAAAGUGCUGUCCACUCUGCCUGUGCUGAAAUUAGAGGACAACAAGAGCAACACAGCCAGCCAGCGGCUGCAGACUUAUCUCAGCAGCAAGCCCCAAAAGCAGUGGAACAAAAGCCUUGCAAUGCUAAACAUUAACACUCACGUCAAACACGACCUGGAUGUCAUGGUGGACAAAUACUGCAGACUGUAUCCAGAGGAUGAUCCUGAAGCAGAGAGUGAAGAAGUGGCUGAGGAAGAUGUGGAGAUGAAAUGAUACGACAGGGACACUGAGCACAUACUGCCAGCCAGUAUAAGUUAUUUUGAGCCUUGGCAUUUUGCACCAAAACAUAAGGACCAACAGUUUAAAAACACCUGUAAUGAGUUCAUCGAAGCUGAUUUUAUCCUGCCUGUAAAGUUUAGAGAGACAAAAAAAAUAACCCUUGUUCUUAGUGUACGCUGGGAAAGUAGUAUUGUAAAUAAGUAGGCAUGUUUGGAAGAAAGAGAAGUUGAAUGAAUAUCAUCAUGGAUGUAGUGCCACCAAAACAUCCUCUUACUGAGAUGAUACCAAGGGCUCAUUGUGUAAAUAAUCAAAGUUCAGAGCUGUCACUUUGUUUUCUUGUUAGUUUGAACUGCUAUGUAAGAAUUGUUUAAUAUUACAGAAUAAAAUGUAGCCUAAU